UGUGUUACCUCCCACCCUCCAUCCUCUAUUCUUCACUGAAGACAGGGCUCCCCUCCCCCAAGCUCUGCAGCUGCUCUCUGGACAGAGGGAGGGGGAAGUGGCCAGAAGGGGAAGUGUGAGGAGUUCCCCUCCAGCCUGUCACCAGUCUCGUCAGGCCCUCGGAGUGGCUGCCCAGGGCCGGGCUGUGGCCAUGGAGCCUCUGGAGACCCCCAUCAAGGAUGGCAUCCUCUACCAGCAGCACACCAAGUUUGGCAAGAAGUCCUGGAGGAAGGUAUGGGGUCUGCUGUAUGCAGGAGGCCCAUCAGGCGUGGCACGGCUGGAGAGCUGGGAGGUCCGGGAUGGCGGCCCAGGACCAGUAGGUGACAGGUCUGUGGGGCCUGGCCGGCGAGGGGAGCGGCGGGUCAUCCGCCUGGCUGACUGCGUUUCCGUGUUGCCGGCUGAUGGCGAGAGCUGCCCCCGGGACACUGGUGCCUUCCUGCUUACCACCACGGAGCGAAGCCACCUUCUGGCGGCACAGCACCGCCAAGCAUGGAUGGGGCCCAUCUGCCAGCUGGCCUUCCCGGGCACAGGGGAGAGUUCCUCAGGAUCAGGGGAGGCUGUGGAUCCUAAGAGGGGCCUGGUCCCCAUGGAGGAGAACUCCAUCUAUUCCUCCUGGCAAGAAGUGAGCAAGUUUCCAGUGGUGGUGCAGAGGACCGAGGCUGCCAUGCGCUGCCAGCUAAAGGGGCCCUACCUCCUGGUGCUGGGCCAGGAUGCCAUUCAGCUGAAAGAGCCCUCCAGCCCCCAGGCCCUCUACACCUGGCCCUACCGCUUCCUGCGCAAGUUCGGCUCUGACAAGGGUGUGUUCUCCUUUGAAGCUGGCCGCCGUUGUGACUCAGGUGAGGGCCUCUUCGCCUUCAGCAGCCCGCAAGCCCUUGACCUGUGUGGCGUAGUGGCCACCGCCAUCAGCCGCCAGAGGGAGCGGCUACCAGUGCUGGCUGGGCCCCGGCCCUGCCCACUGUUGCGGGCCACCUCCCUGCCCUCACUGGAUCCACCCAGUGAGCUGCAGGAGGGACCCCCAGGGCCUGAGCCUCCCAGCUCCCAGAGGGUACUCCUGGCUGAGCCUGGGCCCCAGAGCCUGCCACCACUGCUGGGCACAGAGCCCCUCAUCAAGCCAGCGCCCGAGCUCUAUGCCUCAGUGUGCAAGAGGGCCAGCGGGCCCCCACGUGUUGCUGAGCACCUCUACGAGAACCUGUGUGUGCUGGAGGCAGGCUCUGUUCCUCCCAGCGAUGGCGGGCCCAUGCAGGAGGGCCCUAGUGGCCACAGCCCCUUAGCCAGCCCCAUCUACCACAACAGCGAGGACCUGGGCUGGCCCAGUCCGGCCCAUGACAGCAGCCUGGAAGCCCAAUACCGGCGACUGCUGGAGCUGGAGCUGGGCAACAACUACGAGGAGGCCGGAGGUUCUGGCCGCCCCUGCACUCACACGGGCUUCAAGGCCAAGCUGGUGACGCUGCUGAGCCGAGAGCGGAGGAAGGGCCCAGUUCCCUGUGACCGGCCCUGAAUGUCCUGUGUGGUGUGGCAGCAGGAGGAAAGGAAAGCUCUGUCCAUGGGACAGGAGGGAGGGCAAAUAAUGGACAACUAGAGACACAGCCCUGCAUCCACCCUGGCCUGUGGGGACAAGGCAGGCAGCCUGGGGAGGGCUCCCCACGUGCCCUGCCAGUCCCCUAGGGUAUAGUGUACAGAUAUACUGGUAAUAAAGUCUGCCAGCUCCCCAUC